AUGAUUGACAACAAGUAUUUCGUGGAACGCCAAAUCGGCAUGGGAGGAAGCUCUAGGGUGUAUUUGGCAACUGAUUCAGAUGAAAAUAAGGUGGCUAUAAAGACAAUCAGAGCUGAGAAGAACUACAAGAAAUCAUCUGCCACGAAUAUGCUUCAGAAAGAAUAUGAUGUGCUCAUGAAAUUGUCGAAUCAUCCGAAUGUAGUGAACGUCAUUGAUUACAACCAUCAUGGAGAGUCGAGUAUUGGAAACAAAGUAGAAAAGAUUAUGUACAACGUGCUUGAGUUCGCAGAAAAUGGUACAUUGGGUCGGUUUAUACGCCACACAGGUGCCAUUGAGGAACCUAUAGCAAGAUUGUUUAUUUUACAAAUUUUAGAUGGUAUUAAGUUCCUUCAUAAACAAGAUCACGCUCACCUGGAUAUCAAACUUGAGAAUAUUUUGUUAGACAAAUAUUACAACAUCAAGGUUGCAGAUCUUGGAUCGUGAUCAGAUGUGUCUAUGACAGGAGGCUACGCUACUGUCAGGAGAGGUACGACUAAUUAUAUGGCUCCUGAAGUUUCAAAUCUCAAAUCAAGAAAAAGAUUUGAUGCUAAAGCAGCAGACAUUUAUUCACUCGGAGUUACUUUUUAUCUCAUAUUGACUGGAGAGUUCCCUAAAGUGCAUGAUCUAGAGAAAUCUGUAGUUGAUAGAGAUGAAGAUGUAGCUUAUACUUGUGGAUCAGACCGAGAAAUGUCACUGGACUGUGAGAUGACUGACGACUCCCUUCCUGCUAGCAACUUGAUGCAUCUUUCUAAGGAGGUACGGAUCCUUCUUUACUCCAUGCUUAACGAAGAUCCUUCGAAAAGACCUGAUAUCCAGCAAAUUCUGGAUAAUUCUUGGUGCUAUUGCCCCUUAGAUGAAGGUCUUCUCGAAGAAGCUUACACAGAGAUGGAGUACAGAAGAAGGUAUAUCCAAAAGAACCUUCUGUGCAAGAAGAAACGUUAAGGUUGUUAGCUAACUCUUUAUAAAUAAUCAUAUUGAGCAAAGUUGUAG